GAUCAUUAUAUAUUUUUUUAUUUUCAGGAGAAUACUGAUACAUUAUACUUUAAAUAUAAAAAGAAAUUUGAAGACACUAUCUCAAAAUUUUAGAGUGAUAAUGACAGGAACAAUGAUGAAACACCUGGAAAGAAAUGCAUGAAAAUUGGAGAUAAUUUUACCUCUAAACUUCAAGAGAUAGGUAGAUAUUUAAUUUAAAUAAAGGAACUAUAUAAAUCGGAUAGAAUCAGACGUUGCAAAUACAUAAAUUAUAGGAUAAAUUCAGAUGAAAAAUAUAAUAAGAAUCCUAAUUGGUUUUAAGAAUAUAAAAUAUUUUCGUCCGAAACAGAAAAUAUAUGCAUUCAAGAAUUAAAAAUUAUACCGAAGGAAGUUUUAAAUAAGAUUAAAGAACUAUAUACGUAUUAUAGAGAUUUUCUCAAAUAUAAUGGCAUAAGCAGUGUAUAUAAUACAAGUUAUUGUGAUAAUAUCAGAAAAUGUUAUAAACUUUAUAAGGAAAAUUACAAAAUAUAUGAAAACGCUUUUUGUGAAGAGUUAAUGAAUUUUAAGAAGGCAUAUGAUGAUAAAAUGAACAAAUUGACUCCAUGCAAUAGUUUACCACAAAUAUUAGCACCUACAAAUGCAGAUUAUAUAUUUGUUCCCAAUUUAAUAGCAGCUAUUGUAUUACUAAUAUCUUUCACUUUAUUUUUUUUAUAUAAUUUUACUCCAUUGAAAUCAUAGAUACAUAGUCAUUUACGAAUGAAAAAAAUAAUUCAACUUAACAAAUUUCAAGAAGAAACAAGAGAAUCGUUACAAAACCUACAUGAUGAAGUAAAUAGAAAUUAUGAAGGAAGUUUUCAUAAUAUGGCUUAUCAUCCUCAAGGAGACACUUGA